ACAUUAAAUAGCAUCCAGCUAGCUAGCUAACGUGAAUUUGCCCCAAUAAAAUCGCAUCUAUUGUUGAUUUACAUGUAUUUAGUGUACCUGUAUCUAUAUUAAGGUUUUAGUCUAUAGCUUGACAAUGUAGUAGAUGUGUUGCUUUCUCUGGGAAAGCUUUUUAAGGUGUAUUUUGUAGAUUUUUCUAGACGAGAUGCUACCUAAUUAAAUGGUUAAGUAAUAACAGUCAUUAGCUCGAUAUCGUAAUCAUUAGUCUUCUAAGUUCUUCUAAACACCAACUAUUUCGUUAACUAGCUAUAGUUGCUCAAGCUCUUAUGCUGUCCACCAUUUAAUCAACUGACAAGUGAGGUAGGUUAAUUUAACCGUGGCGUGAACCUCUGAACCUAGGUAGCUAGUUGGCUAUAAUAUAUUUGCUUGUCAGCUGUCAUAUUGUUGGAUGACACUUCACUGGACCUUACAGGUCAAUUUAUGACAUUGCCAUUACAAUCUCUGAAAUUGUUUUCUGAAAAGGAUGAUCAGCAUUUCUGUUGGUGGUUGACUGAGCAGUCAGAAGCACAUCCUUGCACUGACUAAUGUGCUUUUUCAGAACGGAGAUGUUAAGCUAACAUGGUCCCUUUAAUACUUUUAUUGUCAGGUAUUGUUAUGACGCUAUUGAGUUAAUAAGGUUUAUAGUAAACACACAGACUAGCUAGCUUCCAUGUUUUAUUAACUGUGAUUGAGAAGCAGACUACUGAACAGUAACCACACGAGCUAAUUUCAAAGAGUUGUGACGUUUCCCGAAUGCUGAACCAUCACCAAUAACUGCCCCCAGGGGGACCCUCCUCUUUUGCUCUGUCUGGGUCACUCUUUCACACCCAAGGACGGCUAGAAAAGCUAACAGGAGAGAGAAACAUUGUGUCCAUUCGAUAGUUUUUGGCCAUCAAUAAAAGCCACAGGUCAUUAUGGCUGGAAUGCGCAGACGGCAUUCUUUGGCCGUCCCGGCAAUGGGCCUGGGUUUGGGCCUUGGAAUGGGCCGGGGCAGCUUGUUGUCUGGCAGCCCCCUCCUGAGCAAGAUGAGUGCCGACGGGGGAGGCAGGCCUGCGAAGGUGGGCUCGGUGGUGGAGGUGAUCGGCAAGGGCCAGCGGGGCACGGUCGCGUACGUGGGCGCCACGCUAUUCGCCACGGGCAAGUGGGUGGGGGUUAUCCUGGAUGAGCCCAAGGGGAAGAAUGACGGCACGGUCCAGGGAAAGAGAUACUUCCAGUGUGACGAGAACUGCGGCAUCUUUGUGCGCCAGUCUCAGAUCCAACUAGUGGAAGAUGGAUCCAGCGCCACCUCUCCAGAAACACCAGACUCAACCACUGCCAAGUUCCUGCCCAAGCAGAAAGACAUUGCUGAGACACCGAAAUCAGCCAGACAGAUGCCCAUUCCCAAGAAGCUCGUAACCCGCCGUAGCACUAAGUGGAACACUCAACCUCGACUCUCUUGCUCCAGUUCCCUCCCCUCCCUCCUCAUGACCCCCCGAGUCUUGGCCACCCCGACUUCCGGCCUGUCCAGCUCUCUGUCCAGGGAGGACGUCAGCGAAGGCGGUCUGUCUUCUAAGGGUACAUUGGGGGCUCCCGUGGUCCCCCUGCCCAGCAGCUCACCCGGACCUCCUCCCCCGCCAACGCCUAGCAAGGCCGAGCCUCCCGUGUCGAAGCAGGAGGAGGAGUCUCUGCGGGUCCAGGUGAAAGAUCUAGAAGAGAAGCUGGAGACCCUGAAGAUCAAGAGGGCAGAGGACAAGGUGAAGCUGAAGGAGCUGGAAAAACACAAGAUUCAGCUGGAACAGCUGCAGGAGUGGAAGACCAAAAUGCAGGAGCAGCAGGCCGACCUGCAGAAACAACUGAAAGAGGCCAAGAAGGAUGCCCGGGAAGCCCAGGAGGCAAAGGACCGCUACAUGGAGGAGAUGUCAGACACGGCGGAUGCCAUCGAGAUGGCCACACUGGAUAAGGAGAUGGCAGAGGAACGCUCUGAGAGCCUCCAGGUGGAGGUGGACUCUCUCAAGGAGAAGGUGGAGGAACUUACCAUGGAUCUGGAGAUCAUCAAACAUGAGAUAGAAGAGAAAGGUUCUGAUGGAGCUGCCUCCAGUUAUCAAGUCAAGCAACUAGAGGAGCAGAAUUGCAGACUAAAGGAGGCUCUAGUGAGGAUGCGUGACCUGUCCUCGUCUGAGAAGCAGGAGCAUGUGAAGCUGCAGAAGCAGAUGGAGAAGAAGAACGCCGAGCUGGAGACGCUGAGGAGCCAGAAAGAGAAAUUGCAGGAGGAGACGAAGCUGGCCGAGGCCACCAUCGAUGAGCUGAAGGAGCAGGUGGAUGCUGCUCUUGGUGCGGAGGAGAUGGUGGAAACUCUGACGGAGCGGAAUCUGGACCUGGAGGAGAAGGUCCGGGAGCUGAGAGAGACUGUCACUGACCUGGAAGCGAUCAACGAGAUGAAUGACGAGCUGCAGGAGAACAGCAGGGAGACGGAGAUGGAGCUGAGAGAGCAGCUGGACCUGAGCGGCGCCAAGGUGAGGGAGGCCCAGAAGAGGGUGGAGGCCGCCCAGGAGACGGUGGCCGACUACCAGCAGACCAUCAACAAGUACCGAGAGCUCACCGCCAGCCUACAGGAUGCUAACAGGGAACUGACCAGCGCUCAGAACGCUAACGCAGAGCAGGUCCAGCAGCCACCUGCCGAGCUGUUUGACUUCAAGAUCAAGUUUGCCGAGACCAAGGCCUACGCCAAGGCCAUCGAGAUGGAGUUAAGGAAGAUGGAGGUCAGCCAGGCCAACAGACAGGUCUCUCUCCUGACCUCCUUCAUGCCCGACUCUUUCCUGCGUCACGGAGGAGAUCAGGACUGCAUCCUGGUGCUGCUGCUCAUCCCACGACUCAUCUGCAAGGCUGAGUUGAUCAGUAAGCAGGCCCAGGAGAAGUUUGAUCUGAACGGAAACACAGCGGAGAGAACCGGAAUGAAGAUGAGAGGACCACCUGGGGAGCAGCUCAGCUUUGCCUCUGGGCUAGUCUACUCCCUCACCCUGCUCCAAGCCACCCUGCACAAAUACGAACAGGCUCUGAACAGCUGCAGCGUGGAGGUCUAUAAGAGAAUGGGGACUCUCUACUCUGAGAUGAGUGUCCAUGAGCGUUCUCUUGACUUCUUAAUUGACCUGCUGCACAAAGACCAGCUGGAUGAGACUGUACAAGUGGAGCCUCUCACCAAGGCCAUCAAGUACUACCAGCAUCUGUACAGCAUCCACCUGGCCGAGCAGUCUGAAGACUGUACUGUACAGCUGGCUGACCACAUCAAGUUCAUCCAGAGCGCGUUGGACUGCAUGGGAGCUGAGGUGGGCCGGCUCAGAGCGUUCCUGCAACCGGGUCAGGAAGGGGCGGAUCUGAACAUCCUUCUGAAGGACCUGGACACCUCCUGCAGCGACAUCAAACAGUUCUGUAAGAAGAUCCGGCGCAGGAUGCCAGGGACCGACGUACCCGGGGUGCCCGCUGCUCUGGCCUUCGGUCCGCCGGUGUCGGACACGCUGACGGAUUGCAGGCGCCAGCUGACGCGGGUGGUCGCCGUGCUGCAGGAGGUGGCGGCGGCGGGGGCUCAGAUGAUCGCCCCUCUAGGGGAGCAGGAGGGCCUGAACGCCCUCAAACUGGAGGACGUGGCCUUCAAGGCGGUUGAGCAGGUGUAUGGUUCCCACGGACUGAACCCCCACGAGUGUCUACGUCAGUCCUGCAGCUCGGUCAUCUCCACCAUGAACAAGAUGGCCACCGCCAUGCAGGAGGGAGAGUACGACGCAGAGAGACCACAGGGCAAGAUUCCGCCAGUAGAGGCUCGCGCGGCAGCCCUCAGGGCAGAGAUCACUGACGCUGAAGGCCUGGGAGUUAAGCUGGAGGACAGGGAGACCGUCAUCAAGGAGCUCAAGAAAUCCCUCAAGAUCAAGGGAGAAGAGCUGAGCGAGGCCCACGUGCGUCUCAGCCUCCUGGAGAAGAAGCUGGACACGUCCACCAAAGACGCUGAUGAACGAGUUGAGAAGAUCCAGACUAAACUGGACGAGACCCUAGCCCUGCUCAAGAAGAAAGAGAAGGAGUUCGAGGAGACUAUGGAUGCCCUCCAGGCAGACAUCGACCAGCUGGAGGCUGAGAAGGCGGAGCUGAAACAGCGUCUCACCAGCCAAUCAAAGAUGACCAUCGAGGGCCUCCGUGCCCCGCCCGCCUCUGGCAUUGCAUCCAUUGUCACAGGAACCACCGGAGUGGCGGCUGCCCCCGGACCAGGAGGCAUGUCUGGGCCGUUGCAGGUGGUGGACUCUCCUCUUCUACGUCAACAGGUGGAGGCUCAGAGACUGGGCCUCAAACACCUGAAGAACGAGAACAACAGACUCAAGGCUGAGAAGAUGAGAGCCCAGCUAGCCUCGCUGCCUCCCCUCCACGUCCCCAAGCUUCCUCUGAGGAAGGGCUCCUCCUCUCCCCCGACAGAGGGGCCCCUCCACGGGGCUCUCUACAGGAAGACCGACCAGCUCCUGGGGACCCUGCUCAAGAUGAGCGCCAGCGUUAAAGUGGUGGACAUCACGGGCAAGACGCCAGUGAGUGCUAGUGCUCAGCUCCUGGACCAGACAGCCCGACUGCAGUCUCUGAGCGAAGCUCUGGACAAACUGAAGGGUGAAGUGGCUGAGCACAUGGUUGUUCAGCAGCCAGGAGCCAAGGUCUCUUCUGACUUUGCUACCUUCCCAAUCUCUUCUUUCGUCAAGGCAAAGGAUGAGAAGCAAGGGGGUACGGUGUUCGUGGGUCGCGUUGCCGUCCCCUGUGCCAAGGGACAGGAGCAGGUGCACCGUCUGGUUCUAUCCCAUCAGCACCUGCAGCAGGUGCACCGCCUCCUCAUGAACUGAGACGGCGCCGCAUUGGCCAGCGUCAGUGACCGACAACAGGCUUCUGGAAUCAACAGGCUUCUGGAAUCAACAGGCUUCUGGAAUCAACAGGCUUCUGGAAUCAACACAGAUUGGUUUUCUUAUUAUUCUGUGUCACGUUUCAGUCCACUUCUUAUUGUUUCACAGAUUUUCUCAGGACGCGACACCAUCUGUUCAAUGUUCCUUUUAGGAAUUCUAUUUAUAUGGGGAUUACAUACACCUUUGCCAAUGAGACAUGAAAGUGUCCUCAAGUAGCUUAUAUAGUUUGAUUCCAUAAAAUUCAGUUAUAAAAGUAACAAGUCACUUUUUUACGCCGCUUUUGUGUAGAAGUGAGGCAACAGCUCAAUAUUCGUUUGGUGGAGAAGUUUUUGACAAAAACUAAAAUGUAUGCACCUAGUUGAGUUGAUGGCUGAGCUCACGUUGGUUAAUCACAGGGAAAACAAUGUUAGUUAUUGAAUAGCACUUCUUAAAGUCCUUGCUGUGUCUUUCCUAUGUUUCUACUUUCUGUGGUGAUACUGCUGUUAUAAGCAGCUACCUGUAUAUUCCAGCAAGCAGGAUCAAGCUUUUACCACUGAAAUAAAUAUACCAUUCAGCAGACAGUUAGUGACCUUAAUCUGUUUUCAGAAACUAUUCUAUUGACACUAAUGUAUUCAUUUUAACAUAUUUGGUAAUUUUAUGUUUAUGUCCUGACAUUUCAAAACCAGUCAAUAACAAGACCAUGAAAUGAAACUCUAUUGCCAAAUCACACCUUUUCACAUUUUUCAGUCUGUGGUCUUUAGGAAUUAAUUUUUUAUAUUGGUGAGAUAGAAAGCUAAUUAAAUUUGACAAAUGUGAGAUUUUUGUCUUAGUCCACUAGUUGGACAUCUAGACGUCAGUACAUCUGCUUUAUUUGAAUGGUUUGACAUCCUGACCAGCUGUUAUAAAUAAUCUGGUAAUAUUUAACUAUUGUUUAGUUAAACCAUGACAGUCUGUCUUUCAUACUGGUGUCAAUACUUUUAAUAACGCUAUUCCCUGUUCAUGGUAACUGAAAAGCAUGCAAGUAUAUUUGGGAGUAAAUAAAGACAAUUCAAAAGGAAUUUGGCCUUGUACACAUUCAA